AUGCAACUUUUUUGGAAAGAAACUAAGGGCAUAUCAACGGACAUUUCAAAGAAACCUUCUUACGGUUACAUCCCAUUUUCGCCGGGAACUGUAGGCAUCUCGGUUUCUCUCGGCUCGGCCGGGGAGAUGUUCCAAGGGUUCCCCGGAGACCUCGAUACCGGCUCCCGCGGAAGCUCUUCACCUUCUAUAGAGUCACAGUACCUGUCCUCAGUGGAGUCCUUCGGGAGCCCGCCCACCACCAGCGCUCCACAAGAGUGUGUAUCUGCGGCUGGAGGGGUCGGGGUGGGUGGUGGAUCAACUGGCAGCGGGACUGGGGUGGAGAUGCCUGGUUCCUUUGUGCCCACGGUGACUGCCAUCACCACCAGCCAGGACCUGCAGUGGAUGGUACAGCCCACUCUCAUCUCCUCUGUGGCCCCCGGGCAGAGUGGCACAGGCACCUCGACCAUGACCCAGUCCGUGGCCCUUGACCCCUAUGAUCUGCCUGGUCCUAGUUUCUCCUCUGGUCCUGGCUUCACCCCUCCCAGCUCUGACACCCCCGGCCCUGUUCGCCAAUCUCGAACCCGCAGCCGCCGUAGCCGAGACGAAACACUGACUCCGGAGGAGGAGGAGAAGAGGCGUGUUCGACGAGAGAGGAACAAACUGGCAGCCGCUAAAUGUCGGAACCGGCGACGUGAGCUCACUGACAGACUACAGUCGGAGACAGACAUGCUGGAGGAGGAGAAGGCAGAGUUGGAGGCAGAGAUCUCGGAACUGCAGAAGGAGAAAGAGCGUCUGGAGUUUGUGCUGGUGGCUCACCAGCCUGGCUGCAAGAUCCCCUUUCAGGAUCAGCCGACUGCGCAGCUCCAGCAGGCGCAGCAGCAGACAGCCUCUGCCUCUGUGGUGGGACUGACUAUGAAGGAGGACACUUUCUACCUGCCUCCCGCCUAUUCAUCUCAUCACCAGCACCUACACCGCCAACAUCACCCUCACACGCAGACGCAGCAGACUCAACCGUCCCUAGAGCAGCAGGAGCAGCAGCAGCAGCAGCAGCACCCGCAAGGAAUGAUCCAGGAGAGGGAGCCUGCGGGGCCAGCGCUAACCAGCGAACCAGCAGCAGCGAUCAAUCCUCUGAUUCCCUGAACUCACCCUCGCUUCUCGCACUCUGAGAGCUAUCCCCUUUUCCCUUA